AGGGCCUCCUUCCUCAGUCUUGAGGGCGGUGGUGUCACUAGGGGCAGGCUUCACAGGCACGGGGGACAUUAAAUUUUAUGUCCUUGUCUAGACAGGGCAGUAAACAGAGCCCAGGGCCAGGGGUGCUGCAGAUGGGAGAGGCGGGCUGAGGGGGCCUCGCUGGAAGUGAGUGGAAGUUCCGAGCUCGCCGGCCGGCAGCGGUGGCGCCCUCAGAGCGGCUGGACGGGUCCCGUCGCGCCAUGCCCGCGGGCUGAGCGCCGCCGCCGCCGCCUCCGCCGCCGCAGGGCCUCGUCCCGCCUCGCGUGGGGGCCACGCGCGCCCAGGCCGGGGCCCCGGCGGCCGACCAUGGUGCUGCCGCCCCCGGACCGGCGCCACGUGUGCCUGACCACGCUGGUGAUCAUGGGCAGCAUGGCGGUCAUGGACGCGUACCUGGUGGAGCAGAACCAGGGCCCGCGCAAGAUCGGCGUGUGCAUCAUCGUGCUGGUGGGCGACGUGUGCUUCCUGCUGGUGCUGCGCUACGUGGCCGUGUGGGUGGGCGCCGAGGUGCGCACGGCCAAGCGCGGCUACGCCAUGAUCCUCUGGUUCCUGUACAUCUUCGUGCUGGAGAUCAAGCUCUACUUCAUCUUCCAGAACUACAAGGCGGCGCGGCGGGGCGCGGCCGACCCGGUGGCGCGCAAGGCACUGACGCUGCUGCUGUCGGUGUGCGUGCCCGGCCUGUUCCUGCUGCUGGUGGCGCUCGACCGCAUGGAGUACGUGCGCACCUUCCGCAAGCGCGAGGACCUGCGCGGCCGCCUCUUCUGGGUGGCGCUGGACCUGCUGGACCUGCUGGACAUGCAGGCCAAUCUGUGGGAGCCGCCGCGCACCGGGCUGCCGCUGUGGGCCGAGGGCCUCACCUUCUUCUACUGCUACAUGCUGCUGCUGGUGCUGCCGUGCGUGGCGCUCAGCGAGGUCAGCAUGCAGGGCGAGCACAUCGCGCCGCAGAAGAUGAUGCUCUACCCCGUGCUCAGCCUCGCCACCGUCAACGUGGUGGCCGUGCUGGCGCGUGCCGCCAACAUGGCGCUCUUCCGCGACAGUCGCGUCUCGGCCAUCUUCGUGGGCAAGAACGUGGUGGCGCUGGCCACCAAGGCCUGCACCUUCCUCGAGUACCGCCGCCAGGUGCGGGACUUCCCGCCGCCCGCGCUCGCGCUGGAGCUGCAGCCGCCGCCGCCGCAGCGCAACUCGGUGCCGCCGCCCCCGCCGCUGCACGGCCCGCCCGGCCGCCCCCACGGGCCCUCGCCCACGCGCGACGCCCUGGGCACGUGACGGGGCCCGCGCGGCUUGCAUGGGAUGGGGUGGGGGCGGGCUCCCCCCAGGGCCGGGUUUGGCGAGUGCCCCGGCCGGGGCGGGGGUGGGGGGGUGAGGGCGCCGCGGGCCGCUUCUUCAUCUCAGGAAUCCCCUCGGACCACGGACUCGCAGCCCAGCGCCCCAGCCGGCCCCCAGCGCGCCCAGCCUGCCCCCAGCGCCCAGUGCGCCGGCCGGUGGGGGGCGGGGGGCGGCUGGGAAGGGAGGACAGAGUGGGCGGAGGUGCGGUCCCUUGGGGUCCCUUGGUGGGGGCCUCUGGCUCAGAGUUUGGGGCCACGGAGGCCUCUGUCAUUUUAAAGA